UCUUUAUAAUCUGUAAUGUCUAUCGAGACGUGUGCUUUUGCAGGCCGUUCUUUCUGAAAUUCUGAAUGAUUUGAAAAAAUGGCAGAUUCCGAGGUCCUGAAAAAGUUGAAGGAUAUUCCAUUUAAAAUUCAAACCGCAAGUUUGAAAGGGAGACGUGAAGUGAUUGAGGAGAUUCAGAAUGUUCUAUCAACUCCAGGUAUAACAGAACCAGCGGUACGUUUUGUGUGCCGAGUGCUGUUAUUGACACUGAACCGGUACAGGGACUCCACGUCUCAGUCCUAUGUGAAGGGCCUACUAGCCUAUCUCGCGACACAGCACAGAGAAUGGACUUUGAAGAGCCUCUUGCCUGCGUUACUUGAAGUUUCUGAACAACUGAGAAACAUUUCACCCUCAAAAAACACCAGCCAAACAGGCUUGUAUGCACUCCGCUGGACUACAGUGCUGGUGGAAGGAGCCCUUAAGGAUACAGAGGAUGUGUUGGAUUAUAAUAUGCUGGUAUUGGCCCAGGCAAAUCUACUGGCUGUUGUUACAGCAUAUGGGGAUAAGAAGAAAAAUGAGAAGGGAUACUCUUUGCUGCACAACUCGUGGACGCUGAUGGGCAGUGAGAAGCUGUUGAAAUGGGUGAAUGUGUUACUGUCACAAGCGACGGACUCUGGACCGCAAGUGUGCGUCAGUUUCUCUGCCAUCUGUCGACAUGUCAAACAGACAGGGGACAAUGCCCUCAUUUCUACACAUAAGGUCAAAAUGCUAGAGAGCCUAACAAAAAGUUUGAUAAGCGUCAAAAACCGUCCCAACGCCAACUACAUCAGGGCUUGCUCUGAUUUAUUACAUUUGCUACAAAAGUCUGACGUACAAGACACAUUACUGCCAGCCCUGCACAAGGCCAUGUUGAGAAGUCCGGAAACCAUCAUACAGGCUGUGGGUGUUGUGCUGGAGAACUUAGACAUUCAGGUGGAUGGUAUAGCAGUUGAUAUUGGCAAGAGUUUGAUUGUGAACCUGCACUCGCGCGACGAGUGGGUGCGCGCGGAGGCUAUCGCUGCGCUGGGCGCGCUUAGCCGCCGCUGCUCCGCGCCCGUCGCUGCGCGUGCGCUGGUUACGCACGCCUUCGCGCACUACAACGGCGCCUCGGGCAAACUCACUUCUAGCGAGGAUAAGAUCGCCGUGUUAAACGGUGUAGGCACACUGAGCGAGCUGGCGGUGUUGGCAGAGGACCGGCUCAAGCUGUUCGACGAAGUGGUGACGCAGACGGGCCGCGUGCUCGACAGCGAGUCGCACGAGCGCACCCUGUGCGUCGCCUUGGAGGCCCUGUACCGCUGGAUCCAGAGUCUGAAUGGCCCCUUGCCUGAGAACAUCUUGCAGAUAUACAAGAAAGGUCUAUCAGCUAAAAGUACGACACAGACUGUUCGCAUAGCGUACACGUCGCUAAUAUCGCGCGCGUUGCGACGCGGCGCCGCGCACAAAGCCGCGCUGUGGGCUUCCCUACUAGCCACUGCAGAGAAAGCCGCGCAGCAACCGCUACAGCACUUGAUAGUGAGCGAGGGCAUCUGCGCGAUGGCGGCGCUGGCGCAGCUGGACGGCGCGCAGGAGCUGCCCGCGUGCGGCGCGGCAUGGGCGGCGCUCACGCACCACCAGAAGCACGUGUUCCUGCACGACCGGGUGCUCGCCGCUGCGCCCGAUGACGUCCUAAUACAGGUGGGGUUGCUAUGCAGAACCGUUUUGGAAAAGUACGAGAGUGUUGCCAGUGAUCAAAACUCACCCGUAUUGAAGGCGUUCAUAAUGGUCCUGCUGUCCCCUGUCAAGUCAGUCCGAACAGCUGGCAUAGAGGAAGUGAAGGCUCUACUUGCCAGAGAAGAUCGAGCCUUAUUAGCUAGGAAUUUAGUGCAAAAGUUGAAUGAAGUGCUGGAGGAAGGAAAGAUAUUUACAGUGAAAGAGAAGACUCCCCCAGAAGACAAAGUGGAUGUGACUGGGAAGAUGAUUUUGGAUUGUGUUCAAGCACUGUGUUCAUUUAGAGACUAUAAAAUAGAGGAUGCAGAGAGAUUAGCGCUGGAGGCGCUGCCGUGCUCCCACUACCCGUUAGUUGAGGCGAUGAACAACAAGUCGUGGAUCAAGCUGGUCACGUACCUGCGCCUGGACGCCUGUCGACUGGUCACGAGGCAUCUCACGGAGCUCAAACAGCUGUACAUCACUGGAUUCACUCCCACUGAGACAGUACGCAAUGUAGUAUCGACGUUGGUGCGCUGCAGCGCGGAGGGCGCGGGCGGGGCGGCGGUGGGCGCCGCGCUGGAGGCGCUGCAGCGGCCCGACUUGCUGCAGGUGUCCCGCGACGACUACUUCGUGUACCUCACUCCGCCUGGACAUCUGUAUGACAAGAGCGCAGUUCCUGGAAACGAAGAGAGCAAGGAGAUGAACCUCAAGCGCGAGAGCAAGGCGUACAGCUAUAAGGAACAGCUGGAAGAGUUGCAGCUGAGGCGCGAGAUAGACGAGAAGCGACGCAAGGAGGGCAAACUUAAAGAGGUGCCGCUGUCGGCUAAACAGAAGGAGGCCAUGAAAGCGCAACUUGCCAAAGAAGACGCCAUCCGAGAAAGACUGACUGUUUUGUACAGCGGCGUGGAGAAAGCCGUGCAGCUGUUGGAAGCCACGAGCCGAGGGUCGCCGCUCGCGCUGGGCGUGUGCGCGCGACGCAUCGUGCGCGCCAUACUGGCCGCGCUGAGGUCGCCGCUGGCCGCGCCGCGCCUCGCGCCCGCGCACAUGAAGCUGCGCCUCGCGCUGCUGCCGCAACAUCCGCUACUCGCCGACCACGUGGCCAGGACUACGCUCAGGUUAUACAAGCCCCAAUGUGACUUGGAACCCAGCUGGGAAGAAGAAGACCUGAAUAAGGCCACCGUCCGCACUAUCAACCUAGUCUACGCAGAAACAGCAGCCGCUAAGAAGGGCAGCGGCGACAGCGAGGACAACCCGCACCGGGCGAACCAUUUCACCGCGCCUGGCUUCUGUUACGUGUUUCCUUUGCUCAAACAAGGUUUAACAAGCAGUAUGGCACGCAGUAACGAGGCGAUGAUGGUGAACGGACUGGCGAUCAUAUCCCAGCACGCGGCGUUGCGUGGCGACACCAGCGACAUAUUCUCCCGUGACCAGUUGCAUCCACAACUCUUCCCCAUCGACCAGAUGUUCAGGCUGCUCGUUGAUCUCAUUGGCAGCAGCAGUGGUCGCGUGGCCGCGGCGUGCACAGUGGCGUUGCUGGAGACGGCGCGCUGCGCGGCGCGGGCGCCUCUCUCCUAUGAGGACGUGCUCUGUCUGCUGGAUGGCCUGCAGAGCCCGCUAGAGGUAGUUCGCGACGCAGCUCUGCGAGCGCUGCUGUGUGUGGUGGAGCGCAUACCUCCCUUCCUGGAGGAGCCGGAAUAUGCCCUGAAUAUUACUAUGCGCUUGUACAUUGCUACGUUCGACGUUUCCGAAGAUAAUAAGAAACUAGCAGACGAAGUGUGGUCCCUGCUCCCGCGCGCGGAGGAAUGGAUCACCGUGGCGGCGGAGGACGUGCGCGCGCUGCUGCUGGAGCAGGUGCAGCACCCCGCGGACGAGCUGCAGCGCGCGGCGGCGGCGGCGCUGGCGGCGCUGGUGGGCCGCGCGCCCGAGCCGCACGCUGCCGCGGACGACGUGCUGCAGAGGCUGCACGAGAUAUAUGACGACAAGUUGCCGAUGAUCCCCGCGGUGUUGGACCAGUUCGGGCACGAGCAGAUGGCGGCCGUGGACGCGUGGGGCGCGCGGCGCGGCGUGGCGCGCGCUCUGCUAGCUCUGGCGCCGCAGGUGGCCGCCGCCUCCGUGCCGCGCGCGAUGGCCUUCUUCGUGCAGCGCGCGCUCGCCGACCGCGCCGACCAAGUGCGCGACACCAUGCUCGCUGCUGCCAUGGCGCUCGUCGAUCUACACGGAAAGGAAACCCUCAGCAGCCAACUGCCAGUAUUCGAACAGUUCCUCGACACGGCGCCCAAGUCCGGCGGGUACGACGCCGUGCGGCAAUGCGUGGUGCUGCUGGUCGGCUCGCUAGCUAGGCACCUGGCGCCCGACGACGCCCGCGUGCGGCCGAUAGCCUUGCGCCUCAUUGCGGCUCUGUCCACGCCUAGCCAGCAGGUGCAAGAAGCGGUGAGCAACUGCCUACCACAUCUGGUGACGUCGCCCGCACUGGAAGACGACAUCCCAACUAUUGUCAACAAGUUGCUGAAACAACUCCUCACUGCUGAGAAGUACGGCGAUAGAAAGGGCGCCGCGUACGGGAUCGCCGGCAUCAUCAAGGGGCUCGGGAUCCUGUCGCUCAAGCAGCUGGACGUCAUGGGCAAGCUCACCGAAGCCAUACAAGAGAAGAAGAAUUACAAGUACAGGGAAGGUGCAUUAUUCGGCUUCGAGAUGCUGUGCUGCAAGCUGGGCCGCCUGUUCGAGCCGUACAUAGUCCACGUACUACCGCACCUGCUGCUCUGCUUCGGCGACAGUUCCCAGUACGUGCGAGCGGCGGCCGAUGAUACCGCCAAGCUCAUCAUGAGCCGCCUCUCCGCGCACGGCGUCAAGCUGGUGCUGCCGUCGCUGCUGCAGGCGCUGCAGGACGACAACUGGAGGACCAAAGCGGGUUCAAUAGAGUUGCUGGGUGCAAUGGCUUACUGCGCCCCAAAGCAGCUGUCGUCCUGCCUGCCGUCCAUCGUGCCCAAGCUCAUCGAGGUGCUGAGCGACUCGCACAUGCGCGUGCAGGAGGCCGGCGCCGAGGCGCUGAAGGUCAUCGGCUCCGUCAUACGGAACCCUGAGAUUCAAGCCAUCGUACCGGUCCUCCUCCAAGCGCUACAAGACCCGUCCAACAAGACAUCGCUCUGCCUCCAGACCCUUCUCGAUACCAAGUUCGUGCACUUCAUCGACGCGCCCUCGCUCGCGCUCAUCAUGCCGGUGGUGGAGCGCGCCUUUCUUGACCGCAGCACGGAGACGCGCAAGAUGGCCGCGCAGAUCAUCGGAAACAUGUACUCGCUUACCGACCAGAAGGACCUCAUGCCGUACCUGCCCAGCAUCAUUCCCGGCCUCAAAAGCUCGCUGCUGGACCCAGUGCCAGAGGUGCGAUCAGUGUCGGCCCGCGCUCUGGGAGCCAUGGUGCGAGGCAUGGGCGAGGGCAGCUUCGAGGAGCUGCUGCCAUGGCUGAUGCACACGCUCACAUCGGAGUCGUCGUCCGUGGACCGCUCGGGCGCCGCUCAGGGCCUCUCCGAAGUCGUCGCUGGCCUCGGCUCGCACAAACUACACAAGAUUAUGCCCGAUAUAAUAGCGACAGCGGAGCGCACGGACAUCGCACCUCACGUCAAAGACGGCUACAUCAUGAUGUUCAUCUACAUGCCAGGCGCCUUCACCGACGAAUUCCUGCCCUACAUCGGCCAGAUCAUCAACCCCAUCCUCAAAGCGCUCGCCGACGAGAACGAGUACGUCCGCGAAACAGCGCUGAAGGCGGGACAGAGAAUAGUCAACCUGUACGCGGAGUCCGCCAUACAGCUGCUGCUCCCGGAGUUGGAGCGCGGCCUGUUCGACGACAACUGGCGGAUCCGAUACAGCUCAGUACAACUACUGGGAGAUCUACUCUAUAGGAUAUCCGGAGUGUCCGGCAAGAUGAGUACGGAAACUGCAUCUGAGGAUGAUAACUUUGGCACGGAGCACUCGCACAAGGCGAUCAUCAACGCGCUGGGGCCGGAGCGCAGGAACAGGGUGCUGGCCGGCCUGUACAUGGGCAGGAGCGACGUCGCGCUGAUGGUCCGGCAGGCGGCGCUGCACGUUUGGAAGGUGGUUGUGACAAAUACACCAAAAACACUUCGGGAGAUUUUGCCGACGCUGUUCAACUUGCUGCUGGGUUGCUUGGCGUCCACUAGCUACGAUAAACGACAGGUGGCUGCGAGGACGCUUGGCGACUUGGUCAGAAAGCUAGGAGAGCGCGUGUUGCCAGACAUAGUGCCAAUACUGGAGCGCGGGCUGCGCUCGGAGCGCGCGGACCAGCGCCAGGGAGUCUGCAUCGGGCUCGGGGAGAUCCUCGCCUCUACGUCUCGAGAUGCCGUGCUCAGCUUUGCAGAUGGAUUGGUGCCAACAGUGCGCACAGCAUUAUGCGACGAAUUGCCUGAAGUACGGAUGGCCGCCGCGCGCGCCUUCGACUCUCUGCACGCCACCAUCGGCAACAAGGCUCUCGACGACAUCCUGCCUCCGAUGUUGGACGGGCUGAGGCAUCCCGACCCCGCAGUCGCCGAUGCUACUCUGGAUGGACUUAAACAGAUAAUGGCCAUCAAGUCCCGCGCUGUGCUGCCCUACCUCGUGCCCGUGCUGACGGGCAGCGGCGGCGGCGGCGCCGACACACGCGCGCUGUCCGCGCUGGCGGCGGCGGCCGGCAACGCGCUGGUGCGUCACUUGCCGCGCGUGCUGCCCGCUCUGCUCAACGCACUGGUGGUGGCGCGCGGCACGCCGGCCGAGGCGCGGGAGCUGGAGUACUGCCGCGAUGCGCUACUGCCCGUGUUGGACGACGCUGGUGUUAGAUGCAUAAUCGACACGCUAAUGGAGUGCGUGCGAACGGGUGCGGCCGCGAGCGCGAACGGCGACGUGGCCGCGGCGGACAAGCGGCGUGCGGCCGCCGCGCUGCUGUGCGCGUUCGUGACGCACACGCGCGCCGACCUCAUCCCGCACGUGCAGGCGCUGCUGCGCGGCCUGCUGCUGCUGUUCGCGGAGAAGGAGCAGGACGUGCUGCUGAUGGCGUGGGAGGCGCUGUCGGCGCUCACGCGGAUGUUGGAGAACGAGAAGAAGUUGGACUACGUAUCGGAAGUGCGGCAGGCGGUGCGCUACGCGGCCGCCGAUCUCAAGGGCGAGCCGCUGCCCGGCUUCUGCUUGCCCAAGGGUAUAGCACCAAUCCUGCCGUUAUUCCGGGAAGCAAUCCUCAACGGUCUACCGGAAGAAAAAGAAAACGCAGCGCUGAUGUUGGGCGAAGUGAUCAAACUGACGACUGCGACUGCCAUACAACCCUCCGUGGUCCACAUCACCGGGCCACUCAUCAGGAUCCUCGGGGACAGGUUCAACUCCAGCGUCAAAGCUGCUGUCCUGGAGACCCUGGCCUUACUGCUGUCCAAGGUGGGAGUGAUGCUCAAGCAGUUCCUGCCGCAACUGCAGACGACGUUCGUCAAAGGGCUGUACGACGCGAACCGGCCCGUGCGCAUCAAGGCCGGCCUGGCGCUCUCGCAGCUCGUGCUCAUCCACACCCGCGCCGACCCGCUGUUCCUGGAGGUGCAUAACGGAGUCAAAAACGCUGACGACUUGAGUGUUAAAGAAACAAUGCUGCAAGCUUUACGAAGUGUCAUAACGAACGGGGGAGACAAAAUGUCAGAGCAACUGGCUCUGACAGUGCUAGCUAUGUUAACCUGCCCGGCGUUACUCGCACACCCUGAAGACCCCCCAAGAAGUGGGGCUGGGGGUUGCCUCGGAGCCUUACUCCACUGCCUGGCUCCCGCCCACAGAGACGCGGCCUUACUCCACCACGUGCUCGCGCAAGGAAACCCCACGCAAUCAAACCCAACCGAAGACUGGUUGCUAACACACGGACGCUCGUCAGCACUCUUCGUGGCCCUCAAAGAAACCCCGGAUCAGAUUUACAAGGAUCACUUCGAAGAGAAGAUAGAUAAAGCGUUGUUAGCGUAUCUCGCGAGUGACAAGAUACCCAUCGUGUGUAACGGCAUCCGGGGUAUAGGAUACCUGAUAUGCUACUUAUUGGAGAAGGACAGGCCUGUGCCACCAAAUAUACUGUCGCAGUUUGUUAGGAGUAUGAACCACAGUAGCAAUGAAGUGAAGCAACUGAUGGCGCGCGCCAGCACGCUGGUCGGGCGCAGCGGCGCGCUCCAUGCGAAGGGCCCCGGCGCGGACGUGCUGCGCGCGCUCCUCCCGGCGCUGGUGAACGGCACCAAGGAGAAGAACACCUACGUGCGCGCCAACUCAGAGAUCGCGCUGCGGGCCGUGCUGCGCCUGCCGCAGGACGAAACUUUCCACCAGCAAUGCAUGUCGCUGCUGGAGGAGGGCGGGCGCGAGGCGCUGGGCGACGUCGUGUCGCGCGUGCUGCGGCGCGCGCUGCCCGACGGUCGCGACGAGGACCUCGACUGCACGCUUGUCACCUGAGCGCGCCGACGCUACCACCAAUAUAUCUUUAUUCAUAUUAUA